AAUGCCCUUAUUUAUCCCUCUAAUACUAGUCCGUUGGUUCCUUGCUAGGUUCAGGAGAACUCUAAAUUGUGGAAUGCUCGUGUGGGACUAAACGAUGUGAAUGUGAGAAAUAUCAAGUAUUUAUAUUCAAAUUUUUACUUUAAUCAGUAUCGUGGUUGAAUCUGAAUGGCAUUAGUUAUCUACAGAGUAUUGACAAGUACAAUCAGAAUCACUUGAAGUAUAUCAAUGAGUAAUAUACAUUUAGAACUGUAUCAUGAUACGACCCCUCAAGGUAGUCUUCUGGCGCGCGUCUGUGCUCGUCAGAAGUCCAAUGGGAUUUCGCAUUCCUAGGGGUGUUAUUCCUGAGCGCACAACCGCUGAGCUCGCGGUGUUUGGCAGCGGGUCUCAGUUGUGGGGUCAUGUUUGUUGAGUAUCCAGGGGCCUCAUGGCAGUUGUGGGGUUGAGUCAUGUAGGUAGGAUUCUUCAAAUUUCACUUUCUGCCUCUCAUUGGGGUGGACGACGUCUCGUGUAAGCGACCUAUUGCAAGAGUGUCUUUGUUUCCGUUGUUUUUUACCGAUUCGUCUUCGCCUCUGUGAGAUGCAAACAAUGCUUCUGUCUUGCUGGUUUCAGAAGACUGUUCACUUGAUACUUUCCACGACUUGCGGGUAAUGAAUGAACCCAGUGUUAUGUAUUAUUUUUUUUAAUGCUACUAAUGAAUCUAGUAUUAUUGUAUUUUAAAUUCUGCGUUAUUGACAGCGGCUAGGUGAAAACUGCUGACAAGUUUUGACCUCAUUUACUGUAUCCUCUAGUUCUUUGUAACAUUCACGGGUUUUUAGUUGGGAUUAAGGCGGCUAAGAGAAGUCAUAAGGCGGCUAUCGUAACCAUUAAUAUUCUACUCAAGCCUAAGCAUUGUCAUGUAAGUACUGGAAUGCACUGAUGAAAGUUAAAGCAGUGGUUCGUGGGGUACGAAUGUCGCCAGUGUUACGCUAGCCUCCACGAGUUAUUGUGGGCGCCUCACUGUUGAUAUGCGAAUAUUUUUGGGUCUUGCACGAUUUUUGUUAUCCUAUUGGCGGCUUGUAGCCAUUCAUUUGGUGCGCAGUGGCCGUAGCAAAUAGUACUAGAGUAAUGAAAGGUUAACAGCCACUCAGUUGAAGUAUAUAAACCUGAGCCUCGCUCUGGUGCAUCGAAAACUCCUGCAGUAUAAAAAUUGCCUCAAAUACAGGGCCGCGCCACCAACGGUCCCAGAGCUCAUUCAAGUAUGAGAAUGUUAACAGAAUCUAUUCAAUACCUGCUGAAACUUCGUGCCUUCAAUUGGAAAAUUCAAGAACGACUGAAAAAAUCUAGCCCCGAAAAAUUUUUUGAAUGCAAAGAACAGCUGUGCUAUCUCUACCCAUGUGCAUUCCAAAUAAUCAUUCAUGAUACCUGUGUCUCAUCAAUUGUUCUCAUCAUAGUUCAGCGUUUGCGCUUUCAGCACUCGACAGUUAAACUUUUCUGCCAGAAGUUUACACUCCCAACCACUCAACACCACAUGUUUGGUGAACGUGUCCGACAACAGGAAAUCUUGAAUAUUCAAGACAACAUGGAUAUAGAGGAGAAUACUGACAAGAACCAAAUUCCGGCGGCAGUCGAGAUAUCUGAAGUUGUGGCGACAAUUGAAGGAUCUGAAGUUCCGGCGACAGUUGAAGGAUCUGAAGUUGCAACAACAGUUAGAGGAUCUGAAGUUGCUGCGACAGUUGAAGGAUCUGAAGUUGCUGCGACAGUUGAAGGAUCUGCAGCUGCUGCGACAGUUGAAGGAUAUGAAGUUGCUGUGACUGUUGAAGGAUCAGAAGAUUCGGCGACAGUUGAAGGAUCUGAAGUUGCUGCGACAGUUGAAGGGUCUGAGGUUGCUGCGACAGCUGAAGGAUCUGAAGUUGCAGAGACAGUUUGUGCAGGACUAAGUAAGAUUGCUGCCGCCAGCAGUGAUGAUUCUGCACACUCUGAGGACAGAUUAGUAUUGCCGUCCCUGAUAGAUGGGAUACACAAAAGUGAAGGUGGAGCCAUGACUGCUUUGUCAAAGUCUGAGGGUAAAUACAAGCGUAAGCAUGGCAAAAGUGGCUCGAGCUUCACCGAACCGAACUAUUUUGUUGGUAUCCCUGUCUCAAACCCGAAGAUACACGAAAGAGUUUUGGCAUUGCAGCAGAAGAUGUUGUCAACAGAACCGCUGCUCCAGUCAUAUCUGACUGACGUGGCAACCAUGCACUUGACUUUAUUCGUCUUCAAUCUCGAGGAUGAGCAAUUGGACAGCGCGAGAAUGUGCUUGACGCAGUUGGGAGAUAAAUUGAAGACCGACGAGGGCUGUCCCCACAUUGUUCUAAACUUCAAGCAUCUCGGAAAUUUUCGCAACAGGGUGGUGUUCGUUUCUGUAGCUGAAGACGCCGGCUUCAAGCAGCUGGAAGAUUUACGUGAUGUUGCAAGAAGAUUGUUCACGGAAGCAGGCAUUGAAGUGGAGGAUAAGAAAAAUAAAUGGCACCCUCAUCUAACAGCGGCUAAAAUAGCCUACAAACCCGGGAAGAAACACCUCCACAAAAUACCAAGAGAAUCGUAUGCUGAUUACAUUGACGCGGAGUUUGGCGUCCAAACUGUGAUGAAAGUACAGCUGCUUUCAAUGAGGGCACCGAAGGAUGCAAAUCGAUACUACAAGUGCGAGCAAACUCUGCAUCUACUUCCCGACGAACAGGAAAACCAUUCUGGGUGCUGCUUCCGACAAGAUACAAACUUUUUGCCGGCUGAGUCAACUUCAACUGGACUAAGCACCUAAUAAUAAGUGAAGUCGAUAGGAAAAGGAGGAGCAUGUUUGAUCUACACUAUUUUAAAUUAGUAUUUCUGAACGGAGUAUUGAAUGAGGCAAAAUUUGUAGGUUUUCUGUACUUUCGUUUACAAUUAUAGUUAAAAGCUUAAUGAUAGCAAAAAUUAACGUGUACUAUUAAUGUUCACAUAAAUAAAAAUUACCAGAAAAAUUUGUCUUUCGAACGACCAUAUUACAAUGAUCGGUCAUUACAUCGUGACGUUUCGUUGUCGAGUUACCAGUCACUAAUAAUACUAUCAUCCAAAGCAGAGAGCAAUGUAAAGAAUGUUAUACGUUUGAAUCGAUUCAUAAAGAUCCCCCAAUAAUUCCAUACGCCGAAUAAAGUUUUGUUAAGGAUGAAAAGAAAUGGACAUUUCAAUACUUCAAAUUACUGCAUAGGCAAAUAAUUGCAAUUUUAUAAUGCAUAUUAAUUCCUAAUUAAUUUUCUCAUAGCCGAUGGAAUUUUAAAACACAAAAUGUAUGAAUAAAUAACACGCGAAUAAGGUAUUGAAACCUCCGGUAAAGUGAGAUUGCCUCCACGAUUACGUGGAGUCAACGGGUGUCGCUUAUCAUAUGCAAUUACUCUCUAUACGACUGAAUGUUCAUUUACAAGAUAUUCCCCGGAGAUGAUCUUCAAUACGAAUGAGUUUAACGCACUAUCUAAUUCUAGUAAAAUAAAAACAUUCCAGACAACCGUUCACAAUGUCAGGCAGCACACGCGCUAGGAUGAGGACAUCAGGACAUACGACUAUGUUACAUUGCAGAAUCAGAUUCCACACCCUAACAUUUAUAUUGAUGACUCGU